AUGGCACGGCUAAAACCAGAUAGACCUUAUAGGGCAUAUGGCACGUCUAAAGCUGGAGGACCUUAUAGGGCAUAUGGCACGUCUAAAGCUGGAGGACCUUAUAGGGCAUAUGGCACGGCUAAAGCUGGAGGACCUGAGAUGGCAUAUGGCACGGCUAAAGCUGGAGGACCUUAUAGGGCAUAUGGCACGGCUAAAGCUGGAGGACCUGAGAUGACAUAUGGCACGGCUAAAGCUGGAGGACCUGAGAUGGCAUAUGGCACGGCUAAAGCUGGAGGACCUGAGAUGGCAUAUGGCACGGCUAAAGCUGGAGGACCUGAGAUGGCAUAUGGCACGGCUAAAGCUGGAGGACCUGAGAUGGCAUAUGGCACGGCUAAAGCUGGAGGACCUGAGAUGGCAUAUGGCACGGCUAAAGCUGGAGGACCUGAGAUGGCAUAUGGCACGGCUAAAGCUGGAGGACCUGAGAUGGCAUAUGGCACGGCUAAAGCUGGAGGACCUGAGAUGGCAUAUGGCACGGCUAAAGCUGGAGGACCUGAGAUGGCAUAUGGCACGGCUAAAGCAGGAGGAGGUCUCUUCAAUGCAGAAGUGAAGCGAGAGGAGACAAAAGAAGUAAGUGAAUAA